GAAAAAGCUAUAAUUAGGAGGUUUGAUCUAAAAAUAGAACUAUACUAAUGAUUUCUAGAAUUAAAUGGAAAAUAUCUUCCUUCAAAGCAUAAAAAUAGAUUGAAGAGAAAUUAAUUAUUAAAUUAAGAUAAACUUAGCAAAAAUCAUGGUUCUUCCUAAAUUGAACAUGUUUGUUGGAAUCUGCGCAUUAAGCUUUUAAGCCUUUGUGCUUUACCCUUGGCAUAAUGUGAUAUCCGAAUAAGUUGAAAAAUUGGAUAAAAAUAUUAGAAUACUAGAGAUUAUGCAGCAAUAACUUGUAAAGGAAGCUGAGCAACUACAAAAAUUGAAUCCAAUUUGAUACAUAUUCAUGUAUUUCUUUCAAUAUCAC